AUGUCGAAAAACAAGUGGUUCUACGACUCGCUUGAGAAAGAACGACUUGCGUACGAUGAAGGCAACUGCACCCUGUCGACAAUUUUGGUCGAAAGCUUCAAGCGAUGGGAUGGCCUUCUGCAAGAAAAUGAGGACGAUUUGCAGAAGCUAUCCAGUGGACGCCGAAGUAUCAGACGUCGCUCGCGAGAUAUUCUAAAAGCCAUCUCAAAAAAACUCGGUCCUGAAGUACUACUAUUGUGCACUUCAGUAACAACGAUUGAUAAGCUUGCGUUGUUGGAUCCGAGCGGCCUUAUAUUCGCUCUCCAGAAGUGGUGGGAUGCAGCUUCGCAUCCUCGUUUGCUUGCGGAAGCUACCAAUGCAAUCCGCGAAGCAUACCCCCUAAUUUCUAGAUUGAGGUCAUUGCCAGCAAAAGAGUCGGAUGGAUUGGCAGUAGUUGCGAGCGAUGAAAACUCCGAGCCAAACUAUGCUAGAAGCCUAUAUUAUCGUGGUGUUGAUGUGUUAGGGGAACCGUGUGCCCCACAUAGCGUCACGUGCAGAUGA